CCUCCUCUCUACUGGUGAUCACACCCUCCUCUCUACCGCUGAUCACAUCCUCCUCUCUACUGGUGAUCACACCCUCCUCUCUACCGCUGAUCACAUCCUCCUCUCUACCGGUGAUCACACCCUCCUCUCUGGUGGUAAUUCAUUGUAAAGACCCUCCUCCUAUUUCUCUCAGUCCAAUGAGCCCCCUGGUGUCUGAUCAGACCCUACCUGUAAUUAUUACCUUUCUGUCUGAGACAUAACUGCAGGACUAGUUUUUCAGCAAUCCAACAUUUCUAUCUUAGUGCAUUAUUAACCUUUUUCAGUGAACAAUAAAGACUCCAUUAUAUAAUCAGCAGGAGGAGGGGCUCAGGUGUGGAUCAGGUUCUGGCCGCCUUGUUAUGUGUGUAUACAGGUUCCUGGCCUGUUGCCAUGAUAAGUUAAUGUGUGGCAGGCGGUGAGGCAGCGGCAGCUCUCAGUCAGUGUUCUCCACUCCGUCCAUUCUCUUUCUCCUCACUAUGUCGACUUCAGGUCUCCCCCGCACCAUAUUGGGUGCCAUGGAGUUUGGGCACCGCAUGGAUGCCGUCUCCAGCCAGCAGGUGGUGCAGGAGUUCCUGCGGCGCGGACACCACGAGCUGGACACCGCGCACAUCUACGGCGAUGGGAAAAGCGAGGAGAUCCUGGGGGACAUGGGGCUCGGCCCCGAAGUGAAGAUAGCGACUAAAGCCAACCCGCUGGAGGGGAAGAAGAACCUGAAACCGGAGAGCGUCCGCCAGCAGCUAGAAGAAUCCCUAAAGCGGCUGAAGACCACCAGUGUUCCCCUGUUCUACCUGCACCUCCCCGACCACCAGACCCCCCUGGAGGAGACACUGGCGGCCUACCAGGAGCUGUACCUGGAGGGAAAGUUUAAGGAGCUGGGUCUGUCCAACUACGCGUCCUGGGAGGUGAUGAAGAUUUACUGCAUCUGUAAGGAGAGGAACUGGGUGCUGCCGACUGUCUACCAGGGUAUGUACAACGCCACAACACGACAAGUAGAGACGGAGCUGCUUCCCUGUCUGCGCCAACUCGGGAUCCGCUUCUAUGCCUUCAAUCCCCUGGCAGGCGGAAUGCUGACCGGGAGGUACAAGUACGAGGACAAGGAUAAGGAGCAGCCGACCUCCAGGUUUUUUGGCAUCAACUGGUCUGAAAUGUACAGGAACAGAUACUGGAAGAAGCAUCUCUUCCAAGGCAUUGACGGCGUGCAGAAGGCGCUGGAGGAGGCGUACGGCAAAGACCGACCCAGCCUGACGGCCGCUUCUCUCCGCUGGAUGUAUCAUCAUUCCAAACUACAGGGGAACGACGCUGUGAUCCUGGGGGUGUCUAGUUUGGAGCAGCUGGUGCAGAAUCUGGACGGGGCGGAGGGUGGGCCCCUGCUUCCCCCCGUGGUCAGCGCCUUUGAUGAAGCCUGGAACCUGGUCGCCCACGACUGUCCAAACUAUUUCCGCUAGAACGUUUCACAGGAUUGGCCUCAUCUGUAUCAUCCUGAAUCUCCCAUGAUCCUUUGUGCCCCGCUGGGGAAUCUGCUGCUUUACACCAAUGAUCUCUAAUCUCAUUUGAUGCCAUGAACUGUGGGUGUGAAUGAGGCUUUACAAGGGAUAAUCUGCCUGUGUGUGAACUGGGGGGCAGGGUAGGGUCAACGAGAUGCCGCGCCUCCCCCCCAUUGUCACACAAAUGUACAAGAGUUACCAUUAAACUGAUUUUACAGCAACAUAAAAAGUCUUUG